AUGAAUCCGUUGGCUUACUCUCGCAAGAGGUACAGAAGAUCAGAGCCCAAGACCAAAGCGGGUUACGUCUUUUUAAUCGUCAAAAUAUCCGUCCUGGUGGCGCUCUGGAGCGGCUUCACAUUCGUGCUGCUGAAGUACAAGUCGGAGGAGGACACCAAUUUGAUGGUGACCGUGAUGCCCAAUAAGACGGUCUACAAGGAUGUGAACAUACAUCAUGAAUCCGUUGAGGUAACGCUGCGGGGCGCCAUAAACCCAUACCUCACGAAUCAUGUUGGCAACUGGUCCAACUGCUCGAGCGUUGCAGUGCGUCUGGAGUGGCGUGAUCUGGAGAGGAACCAAAGCUAUAUGCGCUCAUCCAAGUGGAUAGUGUACAUGUCGAACCAUAGCAGGAAGAUCCACCAGGUGGACAAGCUCUUUCGGCUUUCCCUUGCGGGAUGGUAUACGCAAGAUAGGCUGGCCGAGGAUAAUGGAAGUUUGUCGUACGAAUGGGCCUAUGCCAAGACGGUUAUUUCCGUGGAGAGCAUAAGCCAGAAGCCAGUGGGUCUGCACAUGGUGGUGAACACUUCCCCCCUGAAGACGCACUUCAGCAUUCUGUAUGCCGCCAUCCUGAUUAUCGCACUGUACAUAAUGUUCAUCUGGGAAUUGGGGGACCGGACCUUGUGCACCCUGGUGAUAACCUGUGCUGCUCUGGCCACGCUAACAAUGGUGGCCAACAAACCCUCCCUGGAGUUUAUCAUCUCUGCGGUGGAUUUCGAGUCACUAAUGCUUCUUCUGGGCAAUAUGAUCAUGACGUCCCUUAUGUCGGAGACUGGAUUCUUUGACUACCUGGCCUUGGUGGCCUAUCGGAUCUCCAAGGGUCAUCCCUGGCUGUUGAUUGCCCUCUUGGUCAUGGUGGUAGCCGUGUGCUCCGCCUUCAUAGACAACUCCACGGUUGUGCUGCUCUUCAGCCCCUCUGUGGUUCGAUUGUGCGAAGCCAUGGCGCUGAGUACCACUAUGGUUCUGAUCAUCGUGGCCAUGUAUGCGAAUAUCGGAGGAUCCGUAACCCCAGUGGGUGGACCUCCCAAUGUUAUCAUAUCCACCAAUAAUGAGGUGGAGGCCUCUGGCCUAACCUUUGUUCGGUUUUCGUUACGCAUGCUACCGCCUGCCUUGAUUUGCAUGGUGGUGACCUUUGUCCUGAUCUACUCUACCAUGGGCAAAAAAAUCUUCAUCCUGGACCAGCGUCAGCUCGACUUGGCCCAGAAGAGGCGGGAGGAGAUGAGACCCACCUUUGAUGUCCAACUAAGGAUUGCCGAGCUGAGGAGGAGACAACCCAGGAGAGUUUGGCUCUACCCGGCUGCCAACUACUUCGAGACCCUGGCCACUUUGGAGGCGAGUAAUAGGAUACGCAAGAAGAUGCUACUGGUGCAAUCGCUGCUGGCCCUGGGCUUUGCCGCCUCGUGCUUCAUCCUGAAAUCCGUGCCCUGGGCCAUUCCCGGCGCCUCCCUCGGCUGGAUAUCCAUGCUGGCCGCCUUCCUGCUGCUCAUUCUGGCCGACAAGAAGGAUCUGGGCGAGAUUCUGGCCCGAGUGAAGUGGGGCGUCAUGCUAUUCCUGGCCUCACUCUUCGUCCUCACCGACGUGCUGCACAAACUGGGCCUUAUCCACUGGGUGGGCCAGCGAACCAUGAAGGUGAUAAGAAGAGUGGACGAAUCCCACCAGACGUUGGUGGCCAUGCUCCUGAUCCUCUGGCUAUCGGCCCUGCUCUCCGCCGUCAUCGACAAUGCCGCGGUGGCCACCAUAAUUGUGAGGCUCUGCAUCGACUUGACCUACGAUCAUCACAUGGAUGUGCAGCUGCUCCCCAUCGCCUGGGCCACCAUUUUGGGCACCAGCUACGGGGCCAACGGCACCCUCUUGGGGUCGUGCUCCAACGAGUUCGCCACGGCGGUCGCCAGGGACCAUGGCUACGAGAUCAGCUUCCGAAAGUUCUUCGUAGUGGGAUUCCCCAUCAUGCUCGUCACCAUUGUCAUCUGCUCGGUUUACCUGGUGACUGCUCACUUCGUAUUUAACUGGCACUAGAGGCCUUACACAAGCUAAAAACAAAAAUUGGGAGAGGGAACUAUAAG